AUGUUGCCACAAAUAGUGGCCGUGAUAGUAUGCCUCUGUAGCUUGUACAACAUCUGCGGCGCUACAUAUGUCGUGCAGGACAGCAUCGUUUUCCGAGGAGUCUUCAACGUACCUCAGAACUCGAUGGAAGUGAGAUCAGGGGGCUCGGCUGAAAUCUACGAUGUGCCUGGUUUCACAAUCAGCCAUAGUGUGUUGAUCGAAGAGAGGGCACAUAUACUCAUUCUCAACAGAAACUCAUUCUCCAGUAUACAGAUUGGAACCGGUCAGGCAGGGUCGUCUUUCAUCAACAGAGGCUUUCUCCAGAUCAAAGCUUUAAACACCGCUGCUUCAAACUAUUACAAAUUCCAUAUGUCUUCCUUUGUCAACAACGGGGAGAUGAUUAUCCACGCCGAUGGCCAAUCUUCUGAAUUGAAAGUUUUGUUCAACGACUUGACCUGGACAAACACAGGCCGUAUUACGAUAAAGAAAGACACGCCCGGAGUCGCCAACUUUGAAAUGAGCGAUUCAGCUAAUGACGCUACAAAUAAUGGUGCCAUGUGUCUCCGCAACACCAAUUUUGUGGAAAAUAUGAGAAUCAUGGGGCUGGGCUGUGUCGCUCUUGUGGACUCAAACAUGAUCGCAACGUCCUCUCGUGUAACUUACCAGAAGCACAACAUCGUCAUGCGAGGGAAAUCAACUUAUCUCGAGUCUGCUUAUUUUGCAUAUACGGAUUGGACAUUUUACGGAUUUUCCGAGGGGAUGGCGCUUGGUAUCACCGCGCCCAUAGAAGGCAGUGGUAGCUGGACUUACAACACUGGUAGUGGUGACUUGAGAUUACAAGCUGGCGCAAAUGAUCUCUUCAAGUAUUUCAGAAUUGGAACCGGCUACGUUACCUCAAAGUUCCGUAUCGUUGAUCUUGGCGGAUACCGCAGAAAUGCGUUGACCUAUGAUGGCCCAGCACCUCAAGUUGCCAUUCCCGAUGCUUGCUCAUUGUGUGAAGAGCCCGUGUCCUUACCGCUCCCGGAAGGAAUAGUCGAAACGGACGAAGAAAACCCCGAUUACGCGCUUGUGGUAACGGCAGGUGCAGAUGGUUUGUGGACCACGGUUAAUUCAUACAUUGGAGGCAAAGAAACGGCGACAGUGACAAUUGAAGAAGGGGGUGUCACUAGAACGGAAACGCAAGUUAUUCAAUUGACAAUCGAUGAAAACCGAAUCGUCACUUACACCUCACUUCACACACCUUCAUCGCGAUCAUAUGUUACAACCUUCACUACUGGGUUACCGAACGAGGAAACGACAGUCACCGCUUUUGUUCAAGAGUCGACUUUGCCUGAUGGACAUUGGAGCAGUAUGACUGAUUCGAAUUUAUGGGCAAUAAACACUGUAACAACGAGGGCCGUCGAAGGAGGUAAUACCAAAGACGUCGAAAUUGUAAUGUACGAAUUCGAGAGUGCUACAGUUGGAUACGAAACACGCCAUCUACUGGAUCCUGUUGGAACAACAAGGACCUCAACCGUGAGCAACGAAGAAGAGUUUUACACAGAAUUGGUCGUUGUGACUUCAAAUGCGGAGCAGUGGUGGUUCACCACCACGAUUAUGGUGCCAAGGCUGUCAUACACAACCGCUCAGACUAUAGAUGUAUCAGGUGAAACCGUCAUUGCUUUGGCGAGCGCUUUAACAAACGAAGCUGGAUCCUGGACAACGGAAACUGCCUACUUUAUUCCUUCCAUUCAGAAGUAUCUUACAACCUACACGGUUACGAAUGAGAUUGGGAGCGAAUUAGUUACGUCAGGCUUGUACGAAGUAGGGACUGACGACUCGGGCAACUGGUUUCGUACCACUCAUAGCGACUUAGUACCGACAGAAACAAUCACCACCAGAAUUACAACUGAAAUUCAGGGGCAACCCCAACCCAAGGACGCCCAAGUGAUUGGUUAUAAUUAUGCAGGGGUCGAGACUUUUUCUGCCACAUUAUUGUUGGAUGAUCCAGUUGCCAAAACAGAAACCAUUACUGUUGAUGAGGGAGAAGGCACCUACACUGGCAUUGUGAGGGUCACGUCCGAUGCCGAGAACUGGUGGUACACCACAACCGACGUGGUACCACGACUGUCCUACACCUCGACGGAAACUAUAGACAGGGACGGCGAGAGUGCCACGGCCAUUUUCAGUGCGUUCACAAACAACGAAGGUUCGUGGGUCACAGAGACGUCUUUCCACACCCCGGUUUCGCAGACGUACUUGACUACUAUUACCACGACAGACGCAGAGGGAGAAGUGGUGGUGACUGGUUUGUAUGACGAACACACCGAUGACAGAGGCGAGUGGGUGACCUCGACCUAUACCGAGAUUGUGGAUCUCACCACGUUUACCAGUCGGGUGGUGACGGAAGUGGAGGGAGUGAUGCAGACUAAGGACGCGGAGAUGGUUGGUCUCGAUUUCGAAGGCUUCGGAUACUACUACGUGACAUCAUUGUUGGAUGAUCCAGUUGCCAGAACAGAAACCAUUACUGUUGAUGAGGGAGAAGGCACCUACACUGGUAUUGUGAGGGUCACGUCCGAUGCCGAGAACUGGUGGUACACCACAACUGACGUGGUACCACGACUGUCCUACACCUCGACGGAAACUAUAGACAGGGACGGCGAGAGUGCCACGGCCAUUUUCAGUGCGUUCACAAACAACGAAGGUUCGUGGGUCACAGAGACGUCUUUCCACACCCCGGUUUCGCAGACGUACUUGACUACUAUUACAACGACAGACGCGGAGGGAGAAGUGGUGGUGACUGGUUUGUAUGACGAACACACCGAUGACAGAGGCGAGUGGGUGACCUCGACCUAUACCGAGAUUGUGGAUAUCACCACGUUUACCAGUCGGGUGGUGACGGAAGUGGAGGGAGUGAUGCAGACUAAGGACGCGGAGAUGGUUGGUCUCGAUUUCGAAGGCUUCGGAUACUACUACGUGACAUCAUUGUUGGAUGAUCCAGUUGCCAGAACAGAAACCAUUACUGUUGAUGAGGGAGAAGGCACCUACACUGGUAUUGUGAGGGUCACGUCCGAUGCCGAGAACUGGUGGUACACCACAACUGACGUGGUACCACGACUGUCCUACACCUCGACGGAAACUAUAGACAGGGACGGCGAGAGUGCCACGGCCAUUUUCAGUGCGUUCACAAACAACGAAGGUUCGUGGGUCACAGAGACGUCUUUCCACACCCCGGUUUCGCAGACGUACUUGACUACUAUUACCACGACAGACGCAGAGGGAGAAGUGGUGGUGACUGGUUUGUAUGACGAACACACCGAUGACAGAGGCGAGUGGGUGACCUCGACCUAUACCGAGAUUGUGGAUCUCACCACGUUUACCAGUCGGGUGGUGACGGAAGUGGAGGGAGUGAUGCAGACUAAGGACGCGGAGAUGGUUGGUCUCGAUUUCGAAGGCUUCGGAUACUACUACGUGACAUCAUUGUUGGAUGAUCCAGUUGCCAGAACAGAAACCAUUACUGUUGAUGAGGGAGAAGGCACCUACACUGGUAUUGUGAGGGUCACGUCCGAUGCCGAGAACUGGUGGUACACCACAACUGACGUGGUACCACGACUGUCCUACACCUCGACGGAAACUAUAGACAGGGACGGCGAGAGUGCCACGGCCAUUUUCAGUGCGUUCACAAACAACGAAGGUUCGUGGGUCACAGAGACGUCUUUCCACACCCCGGUUUCGCAGACGUAUUUGACUACUAUUACAACGACAGACGCGGAGGGAGAAGUGGUGGUGACUGGUUUGUAUGACGAACACACCGAUGACAGAGGCGAGUGGGUGACCUCGACCUAUACCGAGAUUGUGGAUCUCACCACGUUUACCAGUCGGGUGGUGACGGAAGUGGAGGGAGUGAUGCAGACUAAGGACGCGGAGAUGGUUGGUCUCGAUUUCGAAGGCUUCGGAUACUACUACGUGACAUCAUUGUUGGAUGAUCCAGUUGCCAGAACAGAAACCAUUACUGUUGAUGAGGGAGAAGGCACCUACACUGGUAUUGUGAGGGUCACGUCCGAUGCCGAGAACUGGUGGUACACCACAACUGACGUGGUACCACGACUGUCCUACACCUCGACGGAAACUAUAGACAGGGACGGCGAGAGUGCCACGGCCAUUUUCAGUGCGUUCACAAACAACGAAGGUUCGUGGGUCACAGAGACGUCUUUCCACACCCCGGUUUCGCAGACGUAUUUGACUACUAUUACAACGACAGACGCGGAGGGAGAAGUGGUGGUGACUGGUUUGUAUGACGAACACACCGAUGACAGAGGCGAGUGGGUGACCUCGACCUAUACCGAGAUUGUGGAUCUCACCACGUUUACCAGUCGGGUGGUGACGGAAGUGGAGGGAGUGAUGCAGACUAAGGACGCGGAGAUGGUUGGUCUCGAUUUCGAAGGCUUCGGAUACUACUACGUGACAUCAUUGUUGGAUGAUCCAGUUGCCAGAACAGAAACCAUUACUGUUGAUGAGGGAGAAGGCACCUACACUGGUAUUGUGAGGGUCACGUCCGAUGCCGAGAACUGGUGGUACACCACCACUGACGUGGUACCACGACUGUCCUACACCUCGACCUUUACCUUGGUUGGCGAGGACCAGCUCAAGAAUACUGCUAUUGUGAGCGCACAGACUGACGAGUUUGGAGCAUGGGUAACCCACACGUCGUACCAUAUUCCUGUUUCGGAAACGUAUCUCGAGGUGUCGAGGUCGAUUGAUGGAGCCGGCGAGACUGUCACAUCGACAGAGUUGGUGGAGAUCAAGACCGAUGACAGAGGCGAGUGGGUGACCUCGACCUAUACCGAGAUUGUGGAUAUCACCACGUUUACCAGUCGGGUGGUGACGGAAGUGGAGGGAGUGAUGCAGACUAAGGACGCGGAGAUGGUUGGUCUCGAUUUCGAAGGCUUCGGAUACUACUACGUGACAUCAUUGUUGGAUGAUCCAGUUGCCAGAACAGAAACCAUUACUGUUGAUGAGGGAGAAGGCACCUACACUGGUAUUGUGAGGGUCACGUCCGAUGCCGAGAACUGGUGGUACACCACCACUGACGUGGUACCACGACUGUCCUACACCUCGACCUUUACCUUGGUUGGCGAGGACCAGCUCAAGAAUACUGCUAUUGUGAGCGCACAGACUGACGAGUUUGGAGCAUGGGUAACCCACACGUCGUACCAUAUUCCUGUUUCGGAAACGUAUCUCGAGGUGUCGAGGUCGAUUGAUGGAGCCGGCGAGACUGUCACAUCGACAGAGUUGGUGGAGAUCAAGACCGAUGACAGAGGCGAGUGGGUGACCUCGACCUAUACCGAGAUUGUGGAUCUCACCACGUUUACCAGUCGGGUGGUGACGGAAGUGGAGGGAGUGAUGCAGACUAAGGACGCGGAGAUGGUUGGUCUCGAUUUCGAAGGCUUCGGAUACUACUACGUGACAUCAUUGUUGGAUGAUCCAGUUGCCAGAACAGAAACCAUUACUGUUGAUGAGGGAGAAGGCACCUACACUGGUAUUGUGAGGGUCACGUCCGAUGCCGAGAACUGGUGGUACACCACAACUGACGUGGUACCACGACUGUCCUACACCUCGACGGAAACUAUAGACAGGGACGGCGAGAGUGCCACGGCCAUUUUCAGUGCGUUCACAAACAACGAAGGUUCGUGGGUCACAGAGACGUCUUUCCACACCCCGGUUUCGCAGACGUAUUUGACUACUAUUACAACGACAGACGCGGAGGGAGAAGUGGUGGUGACUGGUUUGUAUGACGAACACACCGAUGACAGAGGCGAGUGGGUGACCUCGACCUAUACCGAGAUUGUGGAUAUCACCACGUUUACCAGUCGGGUGGUGACGGAAGUGGAGGGAGUGAUGCAGACUAAGGACGCGGAGAUGGUUGGUCUCGAUUUCGAAGGCUUCGGAUACUACUACGUGACAUCAUUGUUGGAUGAUCCAGUUGCCAGAACAGAAACCAUUACUGUUGAUGAGGGAGAAGGCACCUACACUGGUAUUGUGAGGGUCACGUCCGAUGCCGAGAACUGGUGGUACACCACCACUGACGUGGUACCACGACUGUCCUACACCUCGACCUUUACCUUGGUUGGCGAGGACCAGCUCAAGAAUACUGCUAUUGUGAGCGCACAGACUGACGAGUUUGGAGCAUGGGUAACCCACACGUCGUACCAUAUUCCUGUUUCGGAAACGUAUCUCGAGGUGUCGAGGUCGAUUGAUGGAGCCGGCGAGACUGUCACAUCGACAGAGUUGGUGGAGAUCAAGACCGAUGACAGAGGCGAGUGGGUGACCUCGACCUAUACCGAGAUUGUGGAUCUCACCACGUUUACCAGUCGGGUGGUGACGGAAGUGGAGGGAGUGAUGCAGACUAAGGACGCGGAGAUGGUUGGUCUCGAUUUCGAAGGCUUCGGAUACUACUACGUGACAUCAUUGUUGGAUGAUCCAGUUGCCAGAACAGAAACCAUUACUGUUGAUGAGGGAGAAGGCACCUACACUGGUAUUGUGAGGGUCACGUCCGAUGCCGAGAACUGGUGGUACACCACAACUGACGUGGUACCACGACUGUCCUACACCUCGACGGAAACUAUAGACAGGGACGGCGAGAGUGCCACGGCCAUUUUCAGUGCGUUCACAAACAACGAAGGUUCGUGGGUCACAGAGACGUCUUUCCACACCCCGGUUUCGCAGACGUAUUUGACUACUAUUACAACGACAGACGCGGAGGGAGAAGUGGUGGUGACUGGUUUGUAUGACGAACACACCGAUGACAGAGGCGAGUGGGUGACCUCGACCUAUACCGAGAUUGUGGAUCUCACCACGUUUACCAGUCGGGUGGUGACGGAAGUGGAGGGAGUGAUGCAGACUAAGGACGCGGAGAUGGUUGGUCUCGAUUUCGAAGGCUUCGGAUACUACUACGUGACAUCAUUGUUGGAUGAUCCAGUUGCCAGAACAGAAACCAUUACUGUUGAUGAGGGAGAAGGCACCUACACUGGUAUUGUGAGGGUCACGUCCGAUGCCGAGAACUGGUGGUACACCACAACUGACGUGGUACCACGACUGUCCUACACCUCGACGGAAACUAUAGACAGGGACGGCGAGAGUGCCACGGCCAUUUUCAGUGCGUUCACAAACAACGAAGGUUCGUGGGUCACAGAGACGUCUUUCCACACCCCGGUUUCGCAGACGUAUUUGACUACUAUUACAACGACAGACGCGGAGGGAGAAGUGGUGGUGACUGGUUUGUAUGACGAACACACCGAUGACAGAGGCGAGUGGGUGACCUCGACCUAUACCGAGAUUGUGGAUAUCACCACGUUUACCAGUCGGGUGGUGACGGAAGUGGAGGGAGUGAUGCAGACUAAGGACGCGGAGAUGGUUGGUCUCGAUUUCGAAGGCUUCGGAUACUACUACGUGACAUCAUUGUUGGAUGAUCCAGUUGCCAGAACAGAAACCAUUACUGUUGAUGAGGGAGAAGGCACCUACACUGGUAUUGUGAGGGUCACGUCCGAUGCCGAGAACUGGUGGUACACCACAACUGACGUGGUACCACGACUGUCCUACACCUCGACGGAAACUAUAGACAGGGACGGCGAGAGUGCCACGGCCAUUUUCAGUGCGUUCACAAACAACGAAGGUUCGUGGGUCACAGAGACGUCUUUCCACACCCCGGUUUCGCAGACGUACUUGACUACUAUUACCACGACAGACGCAGAGGGAGAAGUGGUGGUGACUGGUUUGUAUGACGAACACACCGAUGAGCAGGGCAACUGGGUCAGCACGGUGCACUCCACUUUGCACGAAGCUACCACGUUCACAAGAAGAGUUGUCACUGAGCUUGAGGGAGAUGUCACUGAGCUUGAGGGAAGCUUGCAGACGAAGGAUGCGGAGAUUGUUGGGUACAACUACGACGGCGAGGGCUACUUCUACGUGACAUCAUUGUUGGAUGAUCCAGUUGCCAGAACAGAAACCAUUACUGUUGAUGAGGGAGAAGGCACCUACACUGGUAUUGUGAGGGUCACGUCCGAUGCCGAGAACUGGUGGUACACCACCACUGACGUGGUACCACGACUGUCCUACACCUCGACCUUUACCUUGGUUGGCGAGGACCAGCUCAAGAAUACUGCUAUUGUGAGCGCACAGACUGACGAGUUUGGAGCAUGGGUAACCCACACGUCGUACCAUAUUCCUGUUUCGGAAACGUAUCUCGAGGUGUCGAGGUCGAUUGAUGGAGCCGGCGAGACUGUCACAUCGACAGAGUUGGUGGAGAUCAAGACCGAUGACAGAGGCGAGUGGGUGACCUCGACCUAUACCGAGAUUGUGGAUAUCACCACGUUUACCAGUCGGGUGGUGACGGAAGUGGAGGGAGUGAUGCAGACUAAGGACGCGGAGAUGGUUGGUCUCGAUUUCGAAGGCUUCGGAUACUACUACGUGACAUCAUUGUUGGAUGAUCCAGUUGCCAGAACAGAAACCAUUACUGUUGAUGAGGGAGAAGGCACCUACACUGGUAUUGUGAGGGUCACGUCCGAUGCCGAGAACUGGUGGUACACCACAACUGACGUGGUACCACGACUGUCCUACACCUCGACGGAAACUAUAGACAGGGACGGCGAGAGUGCCACGGCCAUUUUCAGUGCGUUCACAAACAACGAAGGUUCGUGGGUCACAGAGACGUCUUUCCACACCCCGGUUUCGCAGACGUAUUUGACUACUAUUACAACGACAGACGCGGAGGGAGAAGUGGUGGUGACUGGUUUGUAUGACGAACACACCGAUGACAGAGGCGAGUGGGUGACCUCGACCUAUACCGAGAUUGUGGAUAUCACCACGUUUACCAGUCGGGUGGUGACGGAAGUGGAGGGAGUGAUGCAGACUAAGGACGCGGAGAUGGUUGGUCUCGAUUUCGAAGGCUUCGGAUACUACUACGUGACAUCAUUGUUGGAUGAUCCAGUUGCCAGAACAGAAACCAUUACUGUUGAUGAGGGAGAAGGCACCUACACUGGUAUUGUGAGGGUCACGUCCGAUGCCGAGAACUGGUGGUACACCACAACUGACGUGGUACCACGACUGUCCUACACCUCGACGGAAACUAUAGACAGGGACGGCGAGAGUGCCACGGCCAUUUUCAGUGCGUUCACAAACAACGAAGGUUCGUGGGUCACAGAGACGUCUUUCCACACCCCGGUUUCGCAGACGUAUUUGACUACUAUUACAACGACAGACGCGGAGGGAGAAGUGGUGGUGACUGGUUUGUAUGACGAACACACCGAUGACAGAGGCGAGUGGGUGACCUCGACCUAUACCGAGAUUGUGGAUAUCACCACGUUUACCAGUCGGGUGGUGACGGAAGUGGAGGGAGUGAUGCAGACUAAGGACGCGGAGAUGGUUGGUCUCGAUUUCGAAGGCUUCGGAUACUACUACGUGACAUCAUUGUUGGAUGAUCCAGUUGCCAGAACAGAAACCAUUACUGUUGAUGAGGGAGAAGGCACCUACACUGGUAUUGUGAGGGUCACGUCCGAUGCCGAGAACUGGUGGUACACCACAACUGACAUGGUGGCGAUGCUGUCAUCAGACACUACGUUAGAUUUGCACGAUGAAGGACUAGUAACGAGUGAACAAGUCGCACUUGUUGCUACUUCCGAUUCCGAUUCCUAUGAGUCGGAGCAAGCGGGAUCUUUCUUUACCUCGAAUGGGGACGGUGAUGAAUAUGCUUUACAAACGUCGAUGGGUAAUCCCUCCGGUGUCCUGCUGAGUGAGAUUUCACAAUCCGAUCCUAGCUGGGAGUCAAUAUAUGAAAUCGAGAGUGUUGAAGCACCGUUUUUGGUGGCGCUGGAAGUGACAAGUAACCCGCAGGUUGUUGAUAUCUCCGAAAUGCUUGUGUCGAGUUCUACAUUGGGUCCAUCAGAUAUAAAUCCAUCGGAAACUACUGAUCAAGCUGUUUCCAUGGCAAUUUCCACAUCGUCAGCAACAGAAAUUGGAGGAUUGGAUGAAACGAAUGAGGAUAACGCAACCUCAACUCUGGACACCAGUGUCUAUACCUCUAUCGCUCCAGGAGUAGCCACGAGACCAGGAGACAAAAGUUUCUCCACUGACGAAAUAUCCGAGGCUCUGAUCCAGCAACUUGAAACGGUUGAACUCAUUGUAACUACCACUGCUGGUGCAAUGACAAAUACUGAAAAGGAAAACACGAGCAGUGAAGAGAUUCUUGAGAUUGAAAAGGAUUCAUCAGUUGUUGUUGCCACAGGUGCUGAAAAUUCCGCUUCCGGUUUAUCGACGGGAGUCACCAAGGCUGAAAACACUGGGCAAGCUGUGCAAGUAAAGACUGAGGUUGUGACAGCUACCGUGGUUGAUGAAAGGACAGAAUAUCUAGCGAGCGUUGUUGUUAAUACGGCACAAACGCUACAAGGCGCCAGUGCUGUUGCGGAAGAAGUUACUAUCGGUGCAUUGACAGCCCUGGCGGUUACAGUGGUUAGGUCCGUUACUGAAAACAUUGUGCAAAUUGCCGAACAGAGGACUGAGUAUAGAACGGUUUCUGUGGUAGUUGAAGGUGCGGCUAGUUCAGUUGAUCAAGCGCAAAGUACAACGGUGGGCCCCCAAAGUGCCGGAACUUCCGGGCCCCUUCCAUCUGACGCCGCUUUGGGGCAAGUCACUAUCACGGCUAGCGUCUCUACAACGGUUACCGCCACUGUUGUUGGAGGGGCCGGAAGAGUGACUGCGCCGGAGAAUGGAGGCGAUAAUGUUGUAAAUUCCGCAGACAAUGGCUCGAUAAACAUUCAAUCUGACCAGCCACAGCCAUUGCUGGUGGGAGAGGCACCAAAUGAAGAUAUUAAUCUUUCUUUGCAGAAUGCUGACGAUACCCAGAUCCAAAACUCAGAUUCGGUGCCUUUGACACAAAACGACGCCAAUCAAGAGACGAAUGCAAGCGGAGUCCCAGUUGAAGAAAAUGGAGAGAUGUUGCUAGAAGUGGAAGAUCAAGCUCCAGCUCCAGCUCCAGCUCAACUGGAGAAAGAGAACGAGAAGGUCUUGCCUGAUCCUUACGGGAAUGAUGCCGACCUGGCUCUUGAGACCACGUCAUCCAGUCUGACACUGACAAUGGCUGCUGUGAACCAAACCAACGGCGUUGGUAGCUCAAGAGGCUACUCGUUCCUGCUCAAAUUGGCACUUCUUUUAAUGAUGAUUUAG